AUGAUUUCUGGUGCAUAUAUCGUCUGGUACGGUUACGUAACGCCCAGUAGACCGUUACCGAGCCUUUCACCAAACGAGAGCAAGCCGGUCAAACUGGUACUUAAUAAUUCUAAAAUUAAUGGCCAGCCAGGAGAAAAUCUAUACAACAUUUUCAAUUUGGUUCUUAAGAUUCUAGCUGUACUAGCUGUUAUCGCCGCCGUGAGCGCGCAAAGUCACUAUGGCCACCAAGAACACCACCAGCCUCAGCACUACCACCAUGAGGAGGAGCACCAUGGUCCCGUCCACUACGAAUACCAUUACGAUGUGCACGAUGACCACACCGGAGAUGUGCACGGACAACGUGAGGCUCGUAAGGACGAAUCCACCCAGGGCGAGUACUACCUGAUCGAUGCCGAUGGCCACAAGCGCACCGUCAAGUACCACGUCGAGGGAAAGAGCGGAUUCAUCGCCGAAGUCCACCGUGAACCCAUCAAGGGAUACCAGGCUCCUCAGCCGCAGCAUCACUACCAGCCCCAGCACCACCACGAGGCUCCUGCCCACCAUAACUACCACCAUUAA